CAGAAGAAGAAGCAGCAGACGCACGUUGGUUCCGUGGACCGGUGUUGGUGUCGGUGCUGGUGUCGGUGUUGAUGUUGAUGUUCCAGACAGAAGGUUCCUCUCCUACAGACGAUGUAUCAGUGGGAUUUGUCUCCGUUCUCAGUGACUCCAGCUGCCAGCCUGUUGUCCAGAUGUGUCUCUAAAGACAUCUUGUCUCAGGAGGAAAUAGACUCCGCCUCCUCCAGGCUGAGCCCCGCCUUCUCCUCUCACCUGCACGAGGCUGAACAGCGAAUCAGAACGCAGAGACAGCUGGACCAGCUGCAGCUUCAGACGGAGCUGCUGCAGAAGGAGAAGCAGAGCGCCGACGUCACGCACAGCUUCCACCUCACUCGGAGGUUCCAGAUGCUGCAGAUGUUCUGCGGUCACCUGCAGGACCUCCUGAAGGACCAGAACCGUCUGAGGCAGAGACUCAUGAGGCCGCUGGGUCGCACCAACCUGCCCGUUCAGGCUCACCUGCACAGGUUCGUGGUGGACCUGGUGAGGAUGCUGCUGGACUUCAUAGAGACUCUGGACGAGAAGCUGAACUCGGUCCGCUGCAGUCCGUCCGCCGGAGAGCACCUGGAUCAGCUGAACGCUGCUCUCGCCCAGUUACUGGCUCAGGUGGCCGAGGUGGAGAGUUUGUCCAGUCAGGUCCUCCAGAGGAAGGAAGUCCACAGCAGCAGGAAGAGUGACAGCUCUGCAUGAUGACCUCUGACCUCCACGUCCUCCGGCUGCUGGACGGACAGGAAUCCAUCCUGUUGGACAGAUGGAGGCUGUGUUUAGCAUUUAUUAUUAUUAAUAUUAUUAUCAUGAUAAUGUUGAAGACUUUGUUUGUGUUUUUGUAAUAAAGUCUGACUUUGGUAGAAACGUU